AUGCGUCCACUCAGACCGCUCCUCCCGUCCGCUGUUCGCCCGCGCAACGAACCUCUCCCGCCGUUACCCCGGGACCGCGUCGCUUCCGCUUGCGAUCAAUGCCGCGCGAGGAAGAUCAAAUGCAACGGCGAAAGACCCGUGUGUAUCGAAUGCGUCAAACGGUCAACAUCCUGCCACUACGCUACCCGGUCAUCUGAAACCCAGGGCCAAGCACUAAAACGGAAAUACGAUGCCUUGGAAGCCGAGAACGAAGCCUAUGUCGAACUAUUCAAGUUGAUCCGGACGAGCUCCGAUAGCGAGUCUUAUGAGCUGUUAAGGCGGGUCAGGAAAGGGCGUGAUGUUGAAGAUGUGUUGAGGGAUAUCAAGGAGGCGGAUUUGCUCAUCCAGCUUAAUCCGAAGCCGGAGACGAGGGUGCAGAUUACGUUACCGAGUUUGGCGAGUAUCAUGCCGAAGCGUAUGUCUAUGCCGGAUAAUCCGUACUUCGCGCUGGCGGCGACGAUCCAGGCGCCGUCGAAUACGGGUCGUAGGUCUUCGCCGGAUAACCCGGCGGCUCAGUAUCCAAGUCCGCCUGUGUAG